AGUUGAUUUCAAGGUCCCUUCGGGAAAACAUAAAAAGAAAAAGCUUCCCUUGCAGAUAGGAAGAGAGAAAAAGUGAAGGGAAAUCCAAAACAAAGCGUUAAUUUUCUUGUAUUUGAACCUUUUCUUUUAGGGUAAUUUGCUUUGGUUGGAAGAAAUGGAGUUCGAGGAUCAAGACGAACAAGAAGAAGAGAUGGGUUUGGCACCGAGUUAUAACUCGCUAGCAAACUCAACUGGAGUCAAAAUGUUAGGCGUUGAACCGGGUUCAAUAACUCCAACUGGUCACCAGCUGCAGCAAACGCAGCCAAGGUAUAGAGAGUGUUUGAAGAACCACGCGGUGGGGAUCGGCGGCCACGCCCUCGAUGGGUGCGGUGAGUUCAUGCCGGCUGGAACCGAAGGUACCCUUAACGCUCUGAAAUGUGCAGCUUGUAACUGCCACCGUAACUUCCACCGUAAGGAAACGGAACCAGGUUCUCCAAACACCUUCCCCACAACGGACCUCUACUUCCACCAGCCACCGCAGUUCACACCCUUCUUUAGAGCGCCGACAGGGUACCUCCACGUGACGGGACAGCAAAGGCUAUUAGCUUUACCGUCGACUUCAGGUGGCGGAGGAGGACAUAGCAGGGAAGAUCAAGAGGAUGCUUCCAAUCACGGGAGCUCGAGGAAGAGAUUCCGAACAAAGUUCACACAAGAACAAAAGAUGAAAAUGUUCGAGUUAGCCGAGCGGUUAGGGUGGCGAAUUCAGAAACACGAUGAACCGGUGGUUCAACAGUUCUGCAAUGAAUAUGGCAUAAAAAGGCAAGUCUUCAAAGUUUGGAUGCAUAAUAACAAGCACACUCUUGGUAAGAAACCCUAGAAACAGC